AGCGGUGGUGGUAUCAACUUAGCCUGAGAGGACUAGUUACCUCCUAGCAGAAAGCAAACUUCCAGAAUUUAAGAAAUAAGUGGCGUGCAAAAUCCAAUUCAUGGCUGGAUCUUAUCUUGAGACGCGAUUCUGCAAAACGCGUGGUAUUUCCCCCGCGACAUCUAUCCAGCCCUUCCAUUCCGCACGUCGGGAAAGUCUCAUCGCACAGGGGGUCCGGGGCAACGGCGAGGAGUAUAUGUAGGCUCGAUUGUCUCGUCAAAUUUUCAAAUCAAAUAUCACCUCAAACUUACUCCUCAAAGUACUUGACCUGUUCCCAUUACCCUUUCAUACUUCUACACUUGAUUUUUAUACCACAUCGCACUGCCCUCUCACAACACCAUGCACACCAAGACGCCAUCAUUGACCUGCAUGGUCCUCACAUUCCUUACCUUCUCUUCUCUCACCCUCGCAUAUCCUGUAUCUAUAUCGAAGAAGGACGUUGUAUCGAGAGCGGUGAGUUCAAGAUCUCCUGACCCGCGAAUGAUCCCUCAAGCCGAUACCCCCGACGACGAAAACAGUGAUCUUAUCGACACACUCUUUGACUCUAUCGGACUUCAUGACUUGACGAAGCUCAACCACUGGAAGUCAGACAAUGAGCCUGAUAAGUCUGAUCAGCCUGAUGUCAUUGAUGACAGCAACAGCCCUACAAAGACCGUGACCAGCCAAAACAACGAUGUCGAUCAAGAUGAUGACAAGGCGACGGACAAUGGGAAGGAUUCCAAUAAGGUUGCCGAUGACUCAACCUCCCAAAAUUACGAGAAAAACUCUGACGACAGCAAGAACAGUAAAGGUAACACCCUUCCGAACCCUGCAUCGGACGCUUCAGGGUUCGCGAAGGCCUUGAUGCAGAAGAUACAGAACGCGGUCAAGGAUGCUCUGGAUAGCAGCGACGAGCACACGCUUCACUGAGCCAUACUGAGAG